AUGCCUACGGAACAGAGCCUCGAGCUGACGACUAACGCAGCAAACGUCCCUCUACCAGACACUCCAACCACUCCUGUCACGGUGAAAAGGACCCUCUCGGCGCCACAGGCGCCCAAGAAAGCGAGGACAAAGAUCCUCGAGUAUCUCAAGCCGGAUGUAUAUAAGCCUGAGAAGAAGCCCAUCCCCAAAGCGCCCAAAGCAGUGCUUGAUGCACUUUCGCGAGCCGGGGUUCGACAGUCUUCCUCGGUCCGUCCGAAGAAGGGGGGAAAGAAGACCUUCCCAGCUCCUCGAAAACUGCAUGUUGCUAUCGUUGAUGGCAAAACGGACAUGAUCAUCCUUGAAUACGUACCCGUGCGAUAUCUGAUGCGGAUCUCGAGCCAAGCAGCCACAGUCCUCGAGCCCAAGCCAUGGGCAGGAAAGUUCAAGAUCUACGGUCAAUAUGAUUUCUCAGCCCUGCGCAGCGUGGUCAACGCCAUCGCCCAUCGAGCGGACAUUCCCGUCCGCACAGACGACGAUACGUCCAGCCUGGCAGCGAAUUCACUGACGGCGAACCUAGAGACAUACGAAGCCUGCCUGCGCAUAGGCAUUUCUAGCACACACGACUCCGUCAGGGUGCUACUCAAGGCCGUCUGCGCGCAAAUCUCCAAGUCUGACAUCACGCCAGACAUCCUGCACUUUGUCACGUACCGCCUCGGCCGUGAGGACGCAGUGUUCAAGCACACAGCCAAUGUGCUAUGCUAUAAGCGCUUCACCAAAACCAUCCCCGAUAUCUCCUCGUUCGAGAAGAUGGUGGCGAGGAAUCCGGCGCUGCAGAAGGCCAUGGUACAGAUUGACCAGGCGCAUAAAGCGCGCCGUGAGGCUAUUAACGCUUCAAAGCGGAAAUCGAUGCACAGGAAUGGAGAGACCGGGGAUGAGACGUACGUCCCUACUCUGGACAAGAUGUGCGAGGCUACCGUGGAUGUGGCGCCAGGAAUUAUUGCGAAUGAGCAGAAAGAGGCGCUUCUAGCACUUUUGAAGACAAAGGCAGCGGGCGAGAAGGAUGGCGGUAGUGGAGGUGAGGCGGAGUAG